AUGAAGUCUGCAGCUAUGGUAGAGAAAGGUGAAAUAGAGAUGGAUGUUAUAGAAGACAUGAAAUACAUAGUAGUAACAAUCGUGGAGGACAAUGAUAGAGACCUAACUAUGGUUUUUGUAGAAAGUGGAGGAGCCAUAGAGUCGAGGGUGACUAUGGAGACAAAGGAAUCCUCCGUAGAUGAAUCAUACAAGACAUCAAAAGAGGCCGAUAAUCCAAGAGCCAUUGAAGAACCAUAUAAUUUAGGGGCUAUAUCCGAAGAAGAGUUGGGUUAUGAUGAAUAUUAUGUUUUGGAACUAUCAAGGAGCUUGACAUCGGCUAUUUCGAGCUACUCGGUGAAGUGUGAUGGAAUGCAUUUUCUUCUUUCAACCGUUUAUGCCAAUCCUAGGGGACACAUCAAAACCAAACUCGUGAAGGGAUUUAAGAGAGCUUUUGAUUAG